GUGGAUGUUGUUAAAGUAUUACUCCUGCAGAAUCUACUCUGUGUUUUUAUUCCAACUCUCGUGGUGGCUGAUGGAUUUACAUGCACAUUCACACAUACACAAACAGAGCAGAGAGAGAGAGAGAGAGAGAAACACACCCAUAGCUUGUGGGAGGGGAGAGAACUGUGCCUUUGUCUUGGUCACGAGCUUUGCACACAGUUCCAGCUUGUAAUUCUGCGAGUCAUCUAGAGUUUGUUGCACUUUCAUAAAAGCCUCACUCCAGCAGACAUCAUGGCCGAUGUGGAUCAGGGUCAGUUUUCUCUCAUGAGUCUGGAGGACGAGCUGACCUGCAGCAUCUGCCUGAGCACUUUUGACUGUCCAGUGACCCUCCCAUGCGGACACAACUUCUGCCAGGACUGCCUGCUGUCCCACUGGAAGGACUCCUAUAGCUGUCCUCAGUGUCGGACCCUUUUUCCCACCAAACCUGAGCUGAAGAAAAACACUGUCCUCAGCACUGUUGUGAAGACCUUCAACUUGGAGUCCAACAAAAUCGAAGCCAACCAGGUGGUUGAGGAGAGCAAAGAUGAGAAGAAAGAGGAUGUCAUACGUUGUGAUACCUGUAUGGAGGCAGAAGCGUCUAAGACCUGCCUCACCUGCAUGGCCUCUUUCUGUGAGGAGCACCUGCAACCUCACAGGGAAAAUCCAAAGUUUAGUGUCCACCAGUUAUGUGAGCCUGAGGACAUGUCUGAGCGUGUCUGUGCUGACCACCACAAGCUGAUAGAGUUCUUCUGCAGCGAACAUGGACGUCCAAUCUGCAGCCUCUGCCUGCAGCAGGUCCACAAAGGCUGCCCCUUCAUUUCUCCAGAGGAGCAGAGGAGCCAGAAGGAGUCCAACUUCCAAGAGAAGCUUAAUUUGCUGGAUGAGAAGAUUGAGAGGACUGAGGUGGUUUUGCUUCAAAUGAAGGACACACAGAGCAAAUUAAAGGAUGCAUCAGCCAAGAGAAAGAUUUCAUUGGCAGGCAUGUAUCAGCAGAUGAGGGAUUUGCUGGCCGCAGAGGAACGGGAGGCCCAGCAUGAGGUGGACCGUGAGCUGGAGAUGGGUCAGAUGAAACUACAGGACUUCACAAAGAGGUUUACUGAGAACGCUGAGAAGAUGAGAAAAGCCAAAGGAGAUAUAAGCAGUCUGCUGAGUCAGUCCCAAACUCUGGCAUUUCUAAAGGCCUCAUAUGACUUGCCAAGGGUUGUAAACUUUGACCCACACCCCCCUCGAAUCACCCUGGAUUCCAAGAAGGUAACUGCAACUCAGGCCUUUGCUGCAGAGCUGAAGGAGUAUUUGACUGAGAUCCUUAAACAGCCUGUUGAAGCCAGACUGCUGACCCUUAAACCAGAUGAAAAAGCAGUGCCUGUCUCAGGAUCUGAAAGCUCAGCCAGGGCUGGACCUGAAUCUGAUUCUUCAGAGCAAAGGAAUCCACCAAGGUCCCACAGUCCAGGUCAUCCAGCCAUCCAGCCGAUCUAUCAACCAGUUCCUGUGCCGGUUUACAUUCACAGUCCACAAGCAGGCUGGAAUCCACACCAGCAUGCACAGUCCACUGGUCCUCAUAAGGGUCCUCCUUUUAAAGGAGGACAAAAGACAAACAAGAAAAGUGAUCCCGGUCACAAGCCGUUCCACAAACAAGACAGACCUCCUAGCGCACAAGGUGGGGGUAAACCGACUACCAAAGGGUCUGAUUCCACAAAAAAAGACCAUCAGAAAAGCCACCCUUCAUCAGGGAAACCCACUAAAGGCCAUCCACAGCCUCACAAAAAUAAGUAAAAGCAGUAGCAGAUGUUUGUGCUCCUGUGGGUGAAGGGCUAUCAGUCUAUCACAUGUUGGUGAGUGAUCUGGUGGUUGCAUACUCACAUUUGUCUGUAAAUGAUUAAUCAAGUGUGGUUCUUGGAAUUGCCUCAAAAGGACAUCUCGGCAUGUUUCAUUGCAAAAGAAAGAUUGUAAAAUUAGAACAGAGUUUCUUCAUUGUGAUUGUUAUCUUCUAGAAAGAAGCUAGGGUCUUUGAUGAAGGAUAACAGCAGUUUAUCUGAGCUGAUAUUCUUCAUUCAAAUGAUCAGAUUAAAACACAAAGACGCAGUAAUUGUAUAUAAAAUAUUUAUGGGAAUGUCUUCAAAUUCAAAAGAUCACUUCAUUACAUUCAGUUCAAUCAAAUCCAUUUUCUCUGUGACCAGUUGUAACAGCUUUACCAAACUGUCUUUUCUGCUAUAUGAAUAUGAUUGUGCACAAUAAAAGCAUGUUUUCCCUC